AUGUCUACCGCCGCCGCAAAUGUGAAGAAACGGACCCUGAAGCGUGCGCCAUCUUCCCGAGCAAUAAAUGAUUCGACGACCGGCGUAUCUCGGACCCACCACGGUACAACACGCUCAAGAAUCGCUGCAAGCUCCGGAAGUCGAGAAAGUUCAUUUCUGGCUGUUGUCAGCAAAGUUACUGACAAAAAUUACACCCAAACACCCAGACAAGUUGUCCAGGUGUUUGAUGAAAAUGGCAAAGAUCGUACCCCCCUGGCCCUCUACCAGCUAGACCCCACUGUCGUGCAGACCACACACCACAGGAUCUUUGCCAGUGAGACCUCGGGUGGCACAUCAUCAAAUUUGUUUUCCGCCUUGUGCCAGACAACCCAUGGGAGCUUUCCUGGGCCCUUUAGCAGGCCAAUUUUUGGUAGCAGCACAAUAUCCAUAUCCAGCCAAUCUACCAUGGAGUCAGUUAAUGAGGAGAAUGAGGAUCCAUCCGCUAAACGGGACAUUGCUACUUGCCCCACAGAUGUGCAGGUGAGGAAAGAGGAGGUGGAGGAGCAGGUGAGAGAGGACAUGUUGGAUAAUGUGGUUGAUUGCAUCAUUUCUGAGACAGAAACUCUUUCACUCCUGGACUUGCCCAAUGUCUUUGUGUCAGCGGAUGCCGAUGAUGCAGAAGCUAUAAGGAAGAGAAACAGUACCUAUUCUGAAGUUUGCAAGAAUAGAAUGGGCAACGAUAAGUAUGUGGAACGAUGGACACAGACAUUCAACGGGGCGCCAAAAAGCAAAGGGGUCCAGGCUGAUUGCAUUGUUAUGGUGGAUGCAGCCUCCACUGCUACCACUUGGGAUAUGUAUGACUCUUUCUUUGGAGCUGAGCACGAUGAGCCGGAACUAAACCCUGUCCCAGAGAAAGUUUGCCACACGGAGGCCAUCAUGGACACCAUCAGAUGCGUAGACAAGACCAUGUCAUUGGUCAGCACAGCCACAGAAGGUAGCAUCUCAAGCACACGGACAGAGGUGGACACAUUCAUGAUCCAGGUAGAUGAUGUGCCAGACCCGGGGCUGAUUCUGCUGUCAGAAAAGUUCCAGCACAGCUUGUUAGUAAUAGAAAGGACCAUCCUGGAAAAUAUCUUUCAACCCAAGUUGGCUGCUUACAGACAGCUACCCAUACUGCAAGACCCAUACAGUGUGAUGAAGCCUGAGGUGGUGGAAGAGAAAGAGAAAGACAUGAAGAGCUCUCUGACUCCAGCUCUAGAACAUCUCUGGGCCUUUAGCUGUGAGCUCACCGCAGGACGCAACAUCAGCUGUAUGGCCUGGAACAAGAUUAACCCGGACAUCCUGGCUGUGGGCUAUGGUGAGUUUGACUUCAAACAUCAGAAAUCAGGCCUGGUCUGCUGCUGGUCCUUCAAAAACCCCAUGUGGCCCGAGCGAGUCUACCACUUUGAGAGCUCAGUGUCUGCUCUCGACUUCUCAGCCUGUAAUGCCAGUCAGUUGGCUGUGGGGAUGCAUGAUGGCAGCAUAGCUAUCUACAAUGUCCAGAGCCAAGAAAGGACGCCUUUGAUAAGAAGUGAGUGGACCCAUAAGGACGUCGGUUCAAUACUGCAGGUGAAGUGGAUUGAAAUAGAGAUGAACUUGCCAGGAGUGUAUAGAGGAGAAGCUCUGAUCUCCAUAUCGACAAAUGGCCGGAUUAGAAAGUGGUAUUUGCACAAAAACCUUGAAUGCAUAGACCUGAUGAAGCUAACGAGGAUAACACAUGAAAAGACUGAAAAGCAGGCCAGAGAGAAGAAGAGGGAGCCAAAGGCCUUAACAUCAACACGGACUGCCGGGCUUUGUUUCGACUUCCAUCCAACGGAUUCCAACAUCUAUUUGGCUGGCACACAGGAAGGCCUCAUCCAUAUGUGCUCUUGUUCCAUUAAUGAGCAGUUUCUGGAGACAUACAGAGGACACAAGGGCCCUGUUUUCCGGAUUACAUGGUGUCCAUUCUGCCCUGACGUGUUCCUGAGCUGCUCUUCUGAUUGGACCAUCCAGCUUUGGGUGAAGGACCUAUUCACGCCCAUAUUAGGUUUCACCUCCAACCAGAAGGCAGUGUAUGAUAUCAUGUGGUCCCCAAAGUGUGCCACAGUGUUUGGAGUUGUAAAUGAGGAACAAGUGGAGAUCUGGGACCUGGGAUCUAGCAUCCUUGACCCAAUAAUUGUGAGCCCUGCCCGUCCCGGAGUAAGGCUGACCUCCCUUCUGUUUACCAUGCAGACAGACUGCAUUGAGGUUGGGGACAGUGAAGGCCAGGUUUAUGUUUAUCUACUCAAGAACCUCACUGUUGGAAAGGGCAACCAGGUGGAUACUUUGGAAGACAUCAUUACCUCCGCUCUUGGCAGACAGCUUUGAGGGAUGUGCGCAUGCACACACACACACACACACACACACACACACACACACACACACACACACACACACAGACAUAUGCCCUGAACAAGACACACACGCCCAUGUGGUCAGAGAAAUAGGCGACUGAGUGUCUCUGUUUUAGACCAAU